AUGCACCCCAAAACUCAGGGGCUAGACCACUGCACCAAUCUAAUAGAUCCACAUGCCACAAUCCUAGAUGCCACCAAGGUCCCGCCCCACAAUCGGGCGAUAAUGGUGGCGGAUAGGGAAGUGGUAGGCAAGGAGGUGGCGGCAGAGGGCACUCUGCUAAUGGAGGGAGUCACCAAGAUGGUGGGGCUAACGAUGAUUCUGGGAGUAGCUAUUGCUCUGAUGGUGAGGGUCAUACCCAUCACCAUGGGAGAUAUCCUAGGGACCAACCCAAGCCGGCGCCACGCGCCACCGAGGGCGAUCCCUGUGACUUGGUUUCGUGCUCUAAAAAUUGAGAAAUAUGACUGCGAGACAGACCCGAAGAUUUGGCUGGUAAACUACCAACUCACCAUGAAAGUGACAUCCACACCGGACAUGUUUUUCAUGAUUCAAUGUCUUCUGAUCUACCUCGCUAACUCUGCCAGAAACUGGCUAAACAUCCUUCGGGAAGGCAUGAUCAAGCGAUGUGCUAACCUCGAAAAGGCAUUCUAUAAUCACUUUGAGGGGGCUUACACUAAGCCAGGCACCUUAUGGAACCUCCUAGGAUGCAAAUGCCUGACCGACGCGAAUCUCCGUGAUUACAUAAAGCGCUUUACAUAG